UUCUUAUCUUAAUGCUUUUGCACUACUAAUUCUUCUCUCUAUUCAUAUCUUCCAAUCUCUUCUACUUCUCUUCUAACUUUUAUACAUUAAUUUUGGUUUCAAAAAUAUCUAGAAACUGAAAAAAAAAAUUACAAAUUGAGUUGCUAACUAUAUACAGCUGAUUAAUGUGCAUAAUGGAUCAUCAGCAGCAGGAAAUGUCUUCACAAACACUAGAAAGCAUGUUGGUUUGCACAAAACCAGAUCAAGAUCAAAAGAAGCCAAGGCCUGCAGCAGAGCAACAACCUCAGAAAUGUCCAAGAUGUGACUCUGCCAACACGAAAUUCUGUUACUAUAACAAUUACAGUCUGACUCAACCGCGAUACUUCUGCAAAUCUUGCAGAAGGUACUGGACUAAAGGUGGUACGCUGAGAAAUGUUCCAGUUGGUGGUGGUUGUAGAAAAAACAAAAAAACAUCAUCAGCAAAGCGAUCAAGUCAAGAUAACAUUAGCCCUAACAUCAGUAAUUCCUCAACUGAUUUGAGCCUAGCAUUCGCCAGGCUCCAGAAUCAGACAAAUGCGCUUUUAGAGAUCGAUCAAGAACAGGAUACCAACAGCAACAACAUGUCAAUGAUGUUCAAUACUAACAACAAUAACACUAGUACCACCUUUGUAGAUGCACUAAGAGGUGGAUUUCUCGAAAAUCCUCCAAAUCAUCAUGGAUUGUUUCAACACAACAUGUAUAAUUACGCGAACAUGGGGCAAUUGGUAGAGAAUGGAGAAAUGGGAUUGAGUUAUGAUACAAUGAUGACAACAACGAUGAAGCAAGAGAUGUGCAACGUGGCACGAUCAACAGAAGGUCAUGACCUGAAUAACCUGAAUAACAACAACAAAGUCUUGUGGGGAUUUCCAUGGCAACAAAUGAAUGGAGAUCAUCAUGUUAACAACAUGAAUACAAAUGAUUUUGAAUAUUCAACAAACAAACAAAGUUGGAAUGGAUUUGGAGGUUCUUCUAAUUGGCAUGGACUUAUUAAUAGCCCUUUAAUGUAGGUGUUUAAUUAGAAGAAGAAGAAGAAAAGAGAGGUAGUAUUUUGAUUAUUAAUUCAUAGAUUAGACAGUUUUAAUUUUUAAUUUAAAUAUCUAAGAUUAUUAUGUUGUUUUUUCUUUUUUUUUUUGGUUUCAUGGGUUGUGUAUCUUUUUAGUUUGUUUGUCUAAUAUUGAUUAACAAAUUAAUGAAACUUUUCUUUUGUUUUCUUAUA